AUGGCCUCCCAGGCUAUUCACAAAGCUAUUUCAGAUGCAGCUCUCCAGUACGAGAAGCCCGAGGGCAAGGUCUUCGAGUACGGAACUGCAGGGUUUCGUAUGAAGGCUGACCUCCUCAACACUGUCGUCUUCGCUGUCGGUCUACUCGCCGGUCUUCGCUCAAAGAAGCUCAGUGGACAAUGGAUCGGUGUUAUGGUGACCGCUAGUCACAACCCCGCCGAGGAUAAUGGCGUCAAGCUGAUUGACCCCAUGGGUGAAAUGUUGGAGGCCGAGUGGGAACAAUAUGCGACCAAGCUGGCGAAUGCGCCCCUCGACAAAAUUGCCGAUGUAUACAAUGAGCUGGUCAAGGAGAUCGACGUCAACAUGGCCAACCCCGCGCGUGUGGUCUUCGCUCGUGACACUCGUGCUUCUGGAUCUCGUCUGGUGGGUGUCCUCAACGCCGCUCUGACUGCGACCGAGGUCGAGUUCAUCGACUUCAAGUACAUGACAACCCCCCAGCUUCACUAUGUCGUGCGCUGCAAAAACACCUUGGGUACGCAAUACGAGUACGGCGAGCCUACGGAACAGGGCUACUACGAGAAACUCGCCGCAUCUUUCAAGAAGGUCAUGAAGGGUGCCAAGGUCCAGGGCUCUUUGACCGUGGACUGCGCCAAUGGCGUCGGCGGCCCCAAGCUGCGGGAUCUGAUCAAGUAUCUGAAUUCUGUGAUUGACAUCAAAGUGGUCAAUGAUGACGUGAUCAACCCUGACAGUCUGAACUUUGACUGUGGUGCCGACUACGUCAAGACGAAACAGCGUGCCCCUCCCUCGUCAAAGGCUGCCCCCCUCGAUCGCUGCGCCUCUCUCGACGGCGAUGCGGAUCGUUUGGUCUACUACUUUGUUGACGAUAGCAACGUCUUCCGCCUCCUGGACGGUGACCGCAUCGCAACCCUCGCGGCCUCUUUCAUUGGGGACCUCGCUCGUAAUGCCGGCAUUGCUCAAAAACUGAAGAUUGGAGUUGUCCAGACCGCCUAUGCAAACGGUGCGAGCACCGACUACAUCGAGAAGGUGCUGAAACUUCCAAUCAUCUGCACAAACACCGGCGUCAAGCAUCUCCACCAUGCGGCUCUCCGCUUCGACGUCGGUGUCUACUUUGAGGCCAACGGCCACGGCACAGUCACCUUCUCUGAGAAUGCGCUAAAGGUGAUCAAGAACACCGAGCCUCAGUCUCCUGCUCAGCAGCACGCCCUGGAGUGCCUCCAGGCUCUCACCGACCUCAUCAACCAGGCAGUCGGUGAUGCCCUUUCGGACAUGCUUCUCGUCGAGGCCAUUCUCGCGCACAAGGGCUGGUCUCCCAAGGAAUGGCUCGGAACCUACACCGAUCUCCCAUCCCGUCUUGUUCGCGUCGAAGUAAACGACCGCUCCAUCUUCAAGGCAUACGACGCGGAGCGCAAGCUGGAGUCCCCAGCCGGUCUUCAGGAUCAGAUCGAGUCUCUGCAGUCUCGCUACAACAAGGGUCGCAGCUUCGCUCGCGCUAGCGGUACCGAGGAUGCCGUUCGUGUCUACGCCGAAGCCGCCAGCCGCUCCGAAGCCGAUGAUCUCGCUACUCGCGUGGCAAAUGCUGUUCGUGAGGCAGGCUCCGAGUCCCAGUAA